AUGUCUACCCAAACGCGGGUUGUCUCCGUCCAGCGACUCAGCCAAGGGCCUGGCGAUUUGUCUUUGAGGGAAUGGUGGGAGAAAGAGCGCGGCCAGCAAACGCCUGAGUCCAAGGCCAUCGAAGAAGCCGCCGAACUCCUCCGAUCAAGUGACCUCCCCGUUGCUUUUCCUACCGAGACGGUUUAUGGUCUUGGGGCCGAUGCCACACGCAGCGCCUCUGUUCAAGGGAUCUACCGCGCGAAACAGCGGCCCUCGGACAAUCCAUUAAUCGUUCAUGUUGAUUCACUUGACAUGCUUGAGCGUCUGCUCAACCCUACUCUCCAAUCUCGCCCUAAUAGCACCAAGACGCCAGAAAUCUCUCUCCCAUCAAUUUAUAAACCUCUGAUUGACAGAUUCUGGCCCGGCGCACUAACAAUCAUUCUACCUAAUUCGUCCGGCUCCCCACUGGCACCAGAGGUCACUUCUAAAUUGACUACAUUCGGCGUCCGCAUGCCCUCUUCUCCGUUGGCGCGUCUACUCAUCCAUGUGACAGACCGGCCUCUCGCCGCACCAUCUGCAAAUGCAUCUACCAAGCCAUCCCCAACAACCGCACAGCAUGUAUAUCACGACCUUCAGGGUCGCAUCGAGCUGAUCCUUGAUGGCGGUCCAUCCGGAGUGGGGGUCGAAAGCACGGUGGUCGAUGGACUAUGCGACCCACCGGCGAUCCUGCGACCCGGCGGAAUUGGGAUUGAGGAGAUUCGGAAAUGCGAAGGGUGGGAAAACGUGGCCGUUGGCUACAAAGACGGCACAUUAGACGUGAAGGAAAUUCCACGAGCACCGGGCAUGAAGUACCGACACUACUCCCCCAAAGCACGGGUUGUUCUUUUCGAACCGACGUCCAACCCCGCCGGGGUGGUGAAGCACGUGCAACAUGAUCUGAAAGAUAGCGCCAUUGGCGCACACAAUAUCGGUAUUAUCCGCACACGGAAAUGGAAGCUGGGCUUGGAGCUGGCUCCAGAAGAGGUCAUCGCCAGUACCUUGAAUCCCGUUCCUUCUGCCAUUGAGAACCUUGUCAGCUUCCAGAUCACUGUCCAAGAGAAUGGAAACCCAGAAAGCUGCACGAAGAUGGCUUAUGAUUACCAUCUUGGCUCAGAUGCGGUUUCCAUUGCUCAUGGUCUCUUUGCCGCCUUGCGCGGGCUGGAUGAACUUGAUGUCGACGUGAUCUACGUGGAAGGUGUGUCUGAUAGUGAAGGAGAUCUGGCUGCAGCGGUCAUGAACCGAUUGCGAAAAGCUGCUGGUGCUGAAUUGCGGGUUUAG